AGGUAGGUGGAGUCACCCCGGGACCUGGACGGCAGCCUGACGGGGUCAGCUUCGGUCGAGUUGCCCGGCGCAUGGCUGUGUGGGGCGUGGGAGGCCGCCUCGGCCUGCGCCGGAGUGUCGGCGCCGGUUGGCUACUGUGUCCCCGUUUCCAGAGCCACCGCCCCCCGGGCGUGAAAGACGGGGACGGGCCACAGUCUUCCUUGAAGACACCCAAGAUCCCCAAGAUAUACACCAAAACAGGAGACAAAGGGUUUUCUAGCACCUUCACUGGAGAAAGGAGACCUAAAGAUGACCAAGUGUUUGAAGCCGUGGGAACCACAGAUGAAUUGAGUUCAGCCAUUGGGUUUGCUUUGGAAUUCAUCGCAGAAAAAGGCCACCCAUUUGCUGAAGAGCUUCGGAAAAUCCAGUGCUCGCUGCAGGAUGUCGGCUCUGCCCUGGCCACACCGCGCUCCUCGGCCAGGGAAGCUCACUUAAGGCAUGCCACAUUCGAGGCAGGGCCCAUUCUGGAGCUGGAGCAGUGGAUCGACAAGUAUUCCAGCCAGCUCCCCCCGCUCACGGCUUUUAUUCUGCCAUCUGGAGGCAAGAGCAGCUCCGUGCUGCACUUCUGUCGGGCUGUGUGCCGCCGAGCAGAGAGACGCGUGGUUCCUCUCGUCCAGAUGGGUGAGACGGAUGCUAACGUGGCCAAGUUCUUAAACAGACUCAGCGACUAUCUCUUCACGUUAGCCAGAUACAUGGCCAUGAAAGAGGGGAAUCAGGAAAAAAUAUACAAGAAAAAUGACCCAUCGGACUGAGCCCGAGGCCUGUGGAAAUAAUGCAAAGGCAGAGAUCUGUAGACCCCUCGGAGAUGAAGAGUUUGUCCUUCCUGUCCUGAUUCCUGAAGAUCUCAGCCAGGGGGGCUGGACGACACUCCUGCCCGCUCUUCUAGGCUGUCACGGGUCGUAGAGGAAGCGGGAAUGAAUGAAUUCAGUAUUGCAGAAAAUAAGGUAAAGUGAUUACUGCAAGGAAGAGCCACAGAAGAAAAAUAAAAGUGGGCAAAGCUUGAGCUGUGUGCGUGUGUGUGCACACGUGCGUGUGUUCGUUGAGAGAGCCCUUCCACUGCCAGCUCAGGUGGCGUAAGGAUUUGGAACGGUACCAGAGGCCCUUGGAGACGGAACUGUGAUUUAGCUGUGCCACAGGGGCUGUAAGUGUCCCGUUUAUAAAGGCAGACAGGAUUUGGAAGUUUGGUCACCUCUGAGCCACCAUCCCUGCCUAUGUUGGGGGGGAAGGACAGCCGCAGACACUCGAGGUAUGCCGGUGUGUGUGGCAGGAGUGCAGCCCAGAGGGCCACCCCCUCCUGGAGGGGAGCCUUCCUUCCUCAGGGAGCUGAGGGACUAGGGGCAGAGACCCUGGUGAGAGGAACAGCACUGCUCAGAGGAGAACUUCUUUCUCUGCUGCUUUCAGCCUCUGAGAUCCAUGCCACGGCUGUAUUUUAUUUCUCUCGUCACCCCUGGCCCCCCCCAACGCCCCCCCCCCCACGAAACAAUGCUGUCAGUGCCAGCUGUGUCCUUGGGAAGGGGCUAUUUAUGCAGGGCACGGAGGCGGCCCUGAGAGUGUGAAGGCUGCACGCUGCUAAUUGCAGGAAAUGAGUCCGGAAGGGCAGGCUUUUGCGAACUGUCAGGGCCGAGACGCAAGGUGAACUCAGUUGGGCAAUCACUCACUCCCCGAGCCCCUGCUCAGCGCCAGGCACCAGCUCGGCUGGGGGAGCCUGGUCACCCUGGCUGUCCUCCUUCCCAGUGGCUCCGCGAGCGCUAAAACGGCCAGUCACGUGCCGACUUUGGCUCUCAUCCUCACCACUGUGCCUGCUAGUCCGGCCGAAGGAACAGGUACGUCGCAUCCUGCUGGGCCCCUUGGCUCAGCCCGGGAGGCGAGGCCGCGGUGGAAGCUCCCCCAGGGGUCAGCGCCAGGUCUGGUACGCGGCAGCCGCUCGGUGCUGGCGAGCGGAGCUGAACCCACUGAAAGCACCGGCGUGUCAGGAGAGGCUCGGCGCUCAGGCGGGGCCGGGCAGGGGCUCGCUCCACGAGCUCGCGGGGACCGACUCCGCUCACUCAGUUCCGCCCGCCCCUCCAGAUCUUCCUGAAGAAGCAGGACGUAGGUACUGCAACGACAACCCCACGCCUCCGGCCAGGGUCAGACGCCCUACGAAGGACGAGAGAAGCUCUUUGAGGAGAUACAGCAGCAAGUGAGGCUUCGAAACAAAGCAGUUGGCCUACUGCCAGCUCCCGGCCCCAGCAGCCCUUGCUGGGAGGGGUCCGUGUGGGCCUGACGUUCUCUCGGGGUCCCCAGGCCCUGCCUCGGCCUCGUCGCUCCGGCGGCAAACAUUCCCCCAGCGACGGCGCAGGUGCGCGGCCGACGUGGCGCCGCUGGAGGGGCCUCCUGUGUUGGCAGCCCGGGAAGGCAGAGAAGGGCCACUCUGCGGGCCCAGAGGACGGACCAGUGCGGACGGGAGCUCCUCUGCGGCGCCGUACGAAGCCACAGCGGAGCCUGAAGCCCAGGGAUCUGCGCGCCCCUCGCGCUCGCCGAAACGGCCUCGCGAGCCUGGAGCUAGCGGGAACCGCGGAUGCAGAGCUCCACCAGCGAAACACGAUGGGUACGAAGCCCGCGCUGCCUGCACGCCGCUGUCAAUGCUCACAAGUGCCAGCCCCCUUGCACACUAGUGCAGGGUUGGGAAAGAGAGAGAGUGGGCUGCUUUAACUUAAAAUUGUGACAUCUCAGGGCGCCUGGCUGGCUCAGUUGGAGGAGCGUGUGAUUCUUGAUCGCGGGGUCAUAAGUUCGAGCCCCAUGUUGGGCAGAGAGUAGUUAAAAAUAAAAAUUAAAAACUUGGGAUUCUUCGUG